GCCAGGAGGUUGCUUUCUUAAGGAGGAUCGGGGGCUAAGGCAGAACCCCUUUACUAGUCUUCCAAGUUCCGGAAACCCCCUGCCCUGACGGGACUGCAGGUGUGCUGAGAUGACCCUGGCAUGUCAGAACUGUGGGGCACCCUGGGUUUUCUAGGCAUUUGCAGGUGGACAGCUCCUCUUUUUCCUGGUGGAAUUGGGAAAGAGUCAUGAAUCAAACUGAUGCUCAUCGCCCACUAAACUGGACCAUUAGGAAGCUGUGCCAUGCUGCUUUUCUCCCAUCUGUCAGGCUUCUUAAGGCUCAGAAGUCCUGGAUAGAAAGAGCAUUUUAUAAGCGAGAAUGUGUUCACAUCAUACCCAGCACCAAAGACCCCCAUAGGUGUUGCUGUGGGCGUCUGAUAGGCCAGCAUGUCGGACUCACACCAAGUAUCUCCGUUAUUCAGAAUGAGAAAAAUGAAAGCCGCCUCUCUCGAAAUGACAUCCAGUCUGAGAAAUGGUCCAUCAGCAAGCACACCCAGCUCAGCCCUACAGAUGCUUUUGGGACAAUUGAGUUCCAAGGAGGAGGCCACUCCAAUAAAGCCAUGUAUGUGCGGGUGUCCUUUGACACAAAACCUGAUCUCCUUCUACACCUGAUGACCAAGGAAUGGCAACUUGAGCUCCCCAAACUCCUCAUCUCUGUUCAUGGAGGCCUCCAGAACUUUGAACUCCAGCCAAAACUCAAGCAAGUCUUUGGAAAAGGUCUCAUCAAGGCAGCCAUGACCACAGGAGCAUGGAUUUUCACAGGAGGAGUUAAUACAGGAGUUAUUCGACAUGUUGGAGAUGCUUUAAAGGAUCAUGCAUCAAAAUCUCGAGGGAAGAUAUGUACCAUAGGUAUUGCUCCCUGGGGAAUUGUAGAAAACCAGGAGGACCUGAUUGGUAAAGAUGUGGUCCGGCCAUACCAAACCAUGUCCAAUCCCAUGAGUAAACUCACAGUACUUAAUAGUAUGCACUCCCAUUUCAUUUUGGCUGAUAAUGGGACUACAGGAAAAUAUGGAGCAGAGGUGAAACUGCGGAGGCAGCUGGAAAAGCAUAUUUCACUUCAGAAGAUAAACACAAGAAUCGGCCAAGGAGUUCCUGUCGUGGCCCUCAUUGUGGAAGGAGGACCAAAUGUAAUCUCCAUUGUUUUGGAGUACCUUCGAGACACUCCUCCUGUUCCUGUUGUUGUCUGUGAUGGGAGUGGACGGGCAUCUGACAUCCUGGCAUUUGGGCAUAAAUAUUCAGAAGAAGGCGGCCUCAUUAAUGAAUCUUUGAGGGACCAAUUGCUAGUUACCAUCCAGAAAACGUUCACCUAUACCCGAACUCAAGCUCAGCAUCUUUUCAUAAUACUCAUGGAGUGCAUGAAGAAGAAGGAAUUGAUUACCGUAUUUCGAAUGGGAUCAGAAGGACAUCAGGACAUUGAUUUAGCAAUCCUGACAGCUUUACUCAAAGGAGCUAACGCCUCAGCCCCAGACCAACUGAGUUUAGCAUUAGCCUGGAACAGAGUAGACAUCGCUCGAAGCCAGAUCUUUAUUUACGGGCAACAGUGGCCGGUGGGGUCCCUGGAGCAAGCAAUGCUGGAUGCCCUAGUGCUGGACAGAGUGGAUUUUGUGAAAUUGCUCAUAGAGAAUGGAGUAAGCAUGCAUCGUUUUCUCACCAUCUCCAGACUAGAGGAAUUGUACAAUACGAGACAUGGACCAUCCAAUACUUUGUACCACUUGGUCAGGGAUGUCAAAAAGCGAGAAUAUCCAGGUUUCGGUUGGAUCUAUUUUAAGGGGAACCUGCCUCCAGAUUACCGGAUAAGUUUAAUCGACAUCGGCCUUGUGAUUGAAUACCUGAUGGGAGGAGCUUAUCGCUGCAACUAUACUCGAAAACGGUUCCGGACUCUCUACCACAAUCUGUUUGGACCCAAGAGGCCUAAAGCCUUGAAACUUCUAGGAAUGGAGGAUGAUGUUCCCCUGAGAAGAGGAAGAAAGACCACCAAAAAGCGAGAAGAAGAGGUGGACAUUGAUUUGGAUGACCCUGAGAUCAACCACUUCCCUUUCCCUUUCCACGAACUCAUGGUAUGGGCUGUCCUGAUGAAGCGGCAAAAGAUGGCCUUAUUCUUCUGGCAGCAUGGGGAAGAGGCCAUGGCCAAAGCACUGGUAGCCUGUAAGCUAUGCAAAGCUAUGGCUCAUGAGGCAUCAGAAAAUGAUAUGGUGGAUGACAUCUCCCAGGAGCUGAACCACAACUCCAGGGACUUCGGACAGUUGGCUGUGGAGCUGUUAGACCAGUCCUACAAGCAGGAUGAACAGCUGGCAAUGAAAUUACUGACCUACGAGCUGAAGAACUGGAGUAAUGCCACGUGCCUGCAGCUUGCAGUGGCUGCCAAGCACAGAGACUUCAUCGCUCACACCUGCAGCCAGAUGCUGCUGACGGAUAUGUGGAUGGGCCGACUUCGGAUGAGAAAGAAUUCAGGUCUCAAGGUAAUUCUAGGAAUUCUACUUCCUCCUUCAAUUCUCAGCUUGGAGUUCAAGAACAAAGAUGAUAUGCCUUACAUGUCUCAGGCCCAUGAGAUCCACCUUCAAGAGAAGGAGCCUGAGGAACCAGAGAAGACUGUGAAGGAAAAAGAUGAAGAGGACAUGGAGCUAACAGCAAUGCUGGGUCGAAGCAACGGGGAGUCAUCAAGGAAGAAGGAUGAAGAAGAAGUUCAGAGCAGGCACAGAUUAAUCCCCCUUGGAAGAAAAAUAUACGAAUUCUACAAUGCACCUAUUGUGAAGUUUUGGUUCUACACCCUGGCAUACAUUGGGUACCUGAUGCUCUUCAACUACAUCGUGUUAGUGAAGAUGGAACGCUGGCCUUCCACCCAGGAGUGGAUAGUCAUUUCCUAUAUAUUCACGUUGGGAAUAGAGAAGAUGAGAGAGAUUUUGAUGUCAGAGCCUGGGAAGCUAUUACAAAAGGUGAAAGUUUGGCUUCAAGAGUACUGGAAUGUCACAGACCUCAUAGCCAUCCUCCUAUUUUCUGUUGGGAUGAUCCUUCGUCUACAAGAUCAGCCAUUCCGAAGCGAUGGGAGGGUCAUAUACUGCGUUAACAUCAUUUACUGGUAUAUCCGCUUGUUAGACAUUUUCGGCGUGAACAAAUACUUGGGCCCUUACGUUAUGAUGAUUGGGAAAAUGAUGAUAGACAUGAUGUACUUUGUCAUCAUUAUGCUGGUGGUACUGAUGAGUUUUGGGGUGGCUAGGCAAGCCAUCCUCUUCCCCAAUGAGGAGCCUUCAUGGAAGCUGGCCAAGAAUAUUUUCUACAUGCCCUACUGGAUGAUUUAUGGGGAAGUGUUUGCAGACCAGAUAGACCCUCCCUGUGGACAAAAUGAAACCCGAGAGGAUGGCAAAAUAAUCCAGUUGCCUCCCUGCAAGACAGGAGCCUGGAUUGUGCCAGCCAUCAUGGCCUGUUACCUCUUAGUGGCAAAUAUCCUGCUGGUCAACCUCCUUAUUGCUGUCUUUAACAACACAUUUUUCGAAGUUAAAUCUAUAUCCAAUCAAGUGUGGAAGUUUCAGAGGUAUCAACUGAUCAUGACAUUUCAUGAAAGACCCGUCCUGCCACCACCCCUAAUUAUUUUCAGCCACAUGACCAUGAUAUUCCAGCACCUUUGUUGUCGAUGGCGGAAACAUGAGAGCGAUCCAGAUGAAAGAGACUACGGCUUAAAACUUUUCAUAACAGAUGAUGAGCUCAAGAAAGUCCAUGACUUUGAGGAGCAGUGCAUAGAGGAAUAUUUUAGAGAAAAGGAUGACAGAUUCAAUUCUUCUAAUGAUGAAAGGAUACGAGUGACAUCAGAAAGGGUGGAGAACAUGUCCAUGCGGCUGGAGGAAGUGAACGAGCGAGAACACUGCAUGAAGGCUUCCCUCCAAACUGUAGAUAUCCGGCUCGCUCAGCUGGAGGAGCUGAUAGGACGCAUGGCCACAGCGCUGGAGCGGCUUACUGGUCUGGAAAGGGCAGAGUCCAAUAAGAUUCGUUCCCGAACCUCCUCCGACUGUACGGACGCUGCCUACAUUGUUCGCCAGAGCAGCUUCAACAGCCAGGAAGGGAACACCUACAAGCUCCAAGAAAGUCUCGACCCUGCAGGUGAGGAGUCAAUGUCCCCAACCUCUCCAACCUUAAUGCCCCGUAUGCGAAGUCAUUCUUUCUAUUCCAUGAAUAUAAAAGACAAAAGUGGUAUAGAAAAGUUGGAAAGUAUUUUUAAAGAAAGGUCCCUGAGUCUACACCGAGCCACUAGCUCCCAUUCAGUAUCAAAAGAAACCAAGGCUGCUCCAGCCCCCGUAAGUACUUUGGCAAUCAUCCCUGACUCCAGAAGACCAUCAUCUUGUAUUGACAUCUAUGUCUCUGCCAUGGAUGAACUCCACUGUGACAUAGACCCUCUGGACAAUUCCAUGAAUAUCUUGGGGCUAGGAGAGACAAUCUUUCCAGCUCCAGCAGCAUCCACUGCCCCAUCAAGUAGUGCCUAUGCAACUCUCGCACCUGUGGACAGACCUCCAAGCCGGAGCAUGGAUUUUGAGGAUAUCACUUCAAUGGACAUAAGGUCUUUUUCUUCAGACUACACCCACCUCCCAGAGUGCCCAAACCCCUGGGAUGUGGACCCACCCUUGUAUCACACGAUAGAGCGGUCAAAAAGUAGCCGCUACCUGGCUACUACCCCUUUUCUUCUUGAGGAGGCCCCGAUUGUGAAAUCCCAUAGCUUUAUGUUCUCACCCCGGAGCUACUAUGCCAACUUUGGGGUACCCGUCAAAACAGCAGAAUACACAAGCAUUACAGACUGCAUAGACACCAGGUGUGUGAAUGCUCCUCAGGCAAUAGCUGACAGGGUGAUCUUCCCUGGAGACCCUGGAGACAAAGUGGAAGACUUGGCCAGCAGCCAUCCAGAGAGAGAAGCAGAACUGAGUCAUCCCAGCUCUGACAAUGAAGAAAAUGAAGCCAAAGACCGGAAGACACUUGCAUUACCCACCCAAGAGGGCAGUAACUCAGACAGAACCCUGUCCAACAACAUAGCCCUCCCAAAAAUCGAGAGAGCCAACAGCUACUCUGCAGAAGAGCCCAGCACACUCUACCCACACACCAGGAAAAGUUUCUCCAUCAGUGAUAAACUUGACAGACAACGCAAUACGACCAGUAAUACAUCCAGCCUCCGGCACCCCUUCCAGAGGAGUAAGUCCUCCAGGCCAGAAAGUAGAGGGGACAGCCUGUCCAUGAGGAGACUGUCUAGAACUGCUGCUUUCCACAGCUUUGAAAGCAAGCACAGUUAAAUUUUAGAUCUUCCUUCCUACACAGUGCAGGAGAGAUGAGACAUUAUCCCUGAGUCCCUCCAUCUUCUUGUACCCUAUUUUUAUCAGCUAAGCAAAAUUACAUCGCUCUGGGAGGGUUCUGUUUUAAAGCUCACUUCUGGGACACUGGUUGGGAAAACUCUGUGUCCCAAGGUCAAACACCCUGACCUCAAAUCAUGCCUUGAUUCCCAUUCAUAUCUGAGGGGAGAAGGAAGGAAGGGGGAAAUAAAAGAGCCUAGUAUUAGGUUUGGAUAAAGUCCUCCACCUUAUAUAGCUAUGAGCUGUGGGGAACAAAUGGGCACCAAGCUCAAUCACUGCUAGGAGGUGCCAUUUUGAUUUUUGGCUGUGAUCAAGCUUUUUAGGACACAGGGCUAAUUUUUUUUAAAUGAUGAAAUAAAAUAACCAGCAUACAAAUGAGCUAUUCUUUUUUUUUUUUAAUGAGCUAUUCUAAACUUCAAUUCUGUUUUCUUUUUACAUUGGUUCCGUCAUUGUGGUGAUUGAUGAAGAGCAUCCUUUUUGUUCUGUAUAAGCCGGCAGCAAGCAACCCUAACGUCCCACAUCCUUCACAUGUCAACACCUCUGUAAUUGAUCAUUAUAAAGAAACAAACAAGGUAACACUCCUAGUUCACCUGUCUCUUUUAUAUUCACUUCUGGUGCCACAACUGUUGAUCUUGUUUGAAGAAGGGGGAAAAGAGGAACAAGAAAUGCCUUUGUAUUUAGAUUGUAAUCUAAAUGAAAGAAGAAUUUAUGUGUGUAAAAAAAAUUGUCCAGCAAUUUGUUAUAUAAGUGGGCAUUCUAGUAGAGUUUGAGCGAGCUUGAGAUGAAUGUAAUUAAGUAAUUUAAUAUUAUAUAUUUAUUUUUUUAAUCACACUUGUCAUCAAUGAAUUUAUUCACAGAAUGGUACCAUGUUGAACAGUGGGCAGAAAGAGUUGAAACAGUGCCAUAAGUAAGAGGGUUAUCUUCUCACUGUUUGAUGUAAUUAACAUGUUCAGUUUGCUGCUAUACUUUUCUCAUCCUUCACAUCACCACCGUGUUUACUUGUUUUUUGCACAGCCCCAAAAUCACACUGCCAAUUUUUCACACCAUCCAUCAUGAUUGUUUUCUAUGUUAGGACAUGACUAUAUCUAAAUAUUUUCAUACCCACAGUUUUGCCAUCUGAUCGCAUCUCAGUGUAAAUUUAAUAGGAUUUUCUUAAGGGCUGUUAUAAUUUUUUUUGACAAUGGAUCCAGAUACCUUUUGGAGAUUGGGUUCAAAACAUUAAAUUAUCUUCAAGGUGAUAGGGGGUUGCAUAACAACCAAAAGCCAUCAGCUACAGUUCUGCUACAAAUAUUAUUCCUGCAAACACUUAUAGCAAAGCUACAGAAAGAUGCCAUAGACCAAAGUAUAAAGCAGAUGAACCAUUCAGAUAGUUAUAUGAGAAAUAUAUAUAUAAUAUAUUAUAUAUACAAACAGCAAAUAAGCACUGCAUAUAUAGGACAUUCUGUGAAGGUUAGAAAUUUCCCUGUGGCUUGGACUUUGCUCUUACUUUGGGUGUCUAAGGGAGAUAACCAAAGAUGGAGAGUUUCAUUUAUAUUUUGAGAUCAGAUGUUCAAAUUAAGAAACAUUUUUUUUAAAAAUGAAAGCUAGCUGUUUGUCAAUGAGAAUUAUGGAGCUACAUAGUGAAGAUUCAGUUUUCAUUACUCAGUGCUUCAGUCACACAUAGGGGCGUGGGGGGGAGAGACACAUAAGGCUAGACAGGCUAGAUAUGAUAUUGCCUCUAGGCAAUUGUCUCAACCAUGGCCAAAUGCCUACUGGACAUACCUUGUCUAGUUCUGUUGCAUAGCCAACAAGUUAUUUUUUUUCCAGAGUAUAGACUAAUAAAUGGUGUUAGGUGAGGCAAAGAUUUAACUAGACAUAAUCCAUCUAUCUUUUGCUUUCAAUGGAGUUUUCUACAUAAAAGCCUUCUGGUAGACUGUCCUUGUGUCAGUAACCCCUUAACUACCACACAAACACCUUACACUCCCCUCUAGUUCUGUACUGAUCAACAACGAGGAAGGAGGAAUGUUUGGAGAUAACCAAUCCUACCUAAAAGAUAUUUAAUUGUUAUACAGUGAUAUCGUUGUGAUAGGGAUCCUAGGCUGUGAUUUCAUUGGUUUAGGGAAAUUCCUGCUAAGAAAGUUCCCUCCACCAAAGCUGAAACUUAGAGUCUUAGAACAUCAAGAGGUUAAGUAACUCGCUCACAGUUACAUUAGCCAGUAUAUGUCAAAGGCAGGACUUGGUCCCAAGUCUAUGCUGCCUCUCAUGUAUGUAAUACAGCUUGGAAAUAUUUAACUUAGUGACAGGCCCCUUUAAUUUUCAGAGACCAGUGUUGAAACUUCAGCCAUAGAUGCCUGCAUCUUGGCUUUAUCAAAAGUAAUACCAAGUCACAGAAGUAAAACUUGAACCAGAGCUGUUCUAGAGUUUCACGUAUUACAUUUCAUAGCUUACCUUUUUGCUGGUUUGACUUCAUGAUCCUUGUGCCUUCAGGCUUAGAGAGUUUCAAACACUGGGCAGGUCCACCAAGAAUCCAGUAUCCCUAAGAGAGCCAAGGAAUGAUGAUAAAGUAAUCCUCUUCUGCCAGAAUACCAUGCAAGCUAUUAAGACAUCAUUCUAGCUCAGAACUGAAAUUUGAAGUAGGGGGGAAGGAAAUCACAACCAAAAACAGUAUUUCAUACUGUGAUUAUUUGUGGGAGGCAGAGGGAUACUAGAGGACAAGAAGGAAGGGGCCCCUAAAAUUAAAUGUAUCAUAGUGACCAAAAUUCUACCUGGUUCUUUGGUUUAGCUGUACAUUGAAGCCGAAUCCAAACUCACUCUGUGAGGUCUUUGGAACAAAAUAGACCUAAUGUCUUUAAAUACAACCUAUACAUUCUUGACUCGUUUUUUUCUCAUGUGCAUGUAUCAUUCCAGAAAUACAAAUUUUUUUUUAUCUUGUUCUUUCCAUCUCUGUUCUCCACACACCAAUACUGCAUUGAUCCCAUGUCUUGUCUAGUCUGGAUCCAGUUUGUUUAUAAUGCAAUGUCACUGAUCCAGGGGAUGUUUAUUACAUAUCUCUGUGAGUAGAGUUGAUCACAAGAAGCAGAUUGUAAAAAAAAAAAAAUAGUAUAAGCAAAGCAGUACAGAGCCCAGGGCCACAAAAGCUUUGGGUUAAGAAUCUGCUUCUAAGGUGCCAAUUUUUCUAUGCUGUUUUCUGUAUGUAAUGAUUUGUUAUGAAUCACUGUUUCUUUUCUUUUUAAUCUAAGAAUGUUUUAUGAAAAUGAUUGUGAUGUGUUCGUGGAUUAGCACACUUCAUCUUUACAGAUAAGACUGGUAUGUGCUUGAAGCAUUAACUCAUUAGAAAACCCCUCUUUGAUGAACUUUAGCUCAAGAGGGAACUCGCUGGGAAUCCUGUGAGUUGUUUGCCUAUUUCUCCAAGCCAAAAGCGAUGUAAGAGGUCAAAACACAGCACUUUACUCAACUGGAUUUUUACAAUCCAGGUUUAGAGGUCCAGGAUACUACUUAGCACUUUGAAAGUCCUCUCUUUUCAAAUAUAUAAAUCAAAUGUUUUUAAAGUGCUCAUGACAACGCAAAAAAAAAAAAGUUUUCUUCUGAUUGUUUCCCUAUUCCUUCUAAAAUAUGGUUUCUAUAGAUAACAUGAUGAUAAAUUCCAGGACAGUACUUUAUUCCACAUUCUGAGGCUAUACGGUCCACUCUUCUUAGUGAAUGCCAUGUGCUGUUAUAACUUCUCUAAUGACAAUAAAGAUUACCCAGUAGUCCAUCAUGUCCUAUCUAUAGCCGAUGCCAUAUGAUCUGUUAUACAAUCCUGUAUUACAAUACCUACAUAACCCAUGUAUAGCCCAAUAGUGUUGUGGCAUGUGGUUGUAUUAAUGAAUGUUACAGGACAGUUUCAAUAUUGCAUCAUCUCACUUAUUUGCAAAUCUGUAACGUUCAAUAAAGAAGCACAUGUUGCAAGGAAUACUCAUGGUCCAAAAGCCAUCUUCUUCACAUAUGCAUGGAAGAAUUGCCUUUUUUGUUCCCAUCUGUAAACUAUUUUAUGAUUCCCACAUUCUUCUGUACGGCUCCACUAUAAAUGUCUGUAUAAGCUGCUGUAUAUUCAUCUUCUAAUGAGCCACUGUGAGCUGUGAUUGGUGAGUUGUGACUGGACAAAAGAUGAUCUGGCAUGUUAUGGAAAAGGACCGUCUGAAACAAAUGAACUUAAGAUACUCUU